UGUAUAUAAACCAGAAUAUUUCUCUGUUUAUCACUGAGUUCCCACCCAGCAAACAUAAUGAAAGCCACACUUGCCGUUGUCGCCGUCUUGGGUCUGUUUGCCCUAAACUGUGUUAGUGCUGAUGGUUACGGCAAUGGAGGUGGAUACAUGAAGGGUGGAUGGUCCGGGUAUGGUAACCAAGGAUACGGAAUGGGAGGUUACGAAGGAUAUGGUAAAUCAGGUGGUUAUCAUGGAUACUCCGGAUAUGGAAAGAAGGGAGGCUACGUUGACGAAAUCACACACUACCAACCACUCCCAGUUUAUGGAGGCGCUAUGGCUGGUCCAUAUGCCGGUGGGUAUGGUGGAGAUUUGGCCGGUGGUAUUGGCGGAGGGAUGGAUGGUGGUUUGUUCGGACAAGGAGGAGGUCUUCUGAUGUUUUUCGUCUUGCUUCUUCUUUUGAACAACAACAAUAGCAAUGGUUUAUUCGGUCGUUAAACUUAAUUGUAGUGCUAGAUGUGAAUAAUGAAAGAAACUACAAGAAUGAAGAAACUAGUGAUUGUUUGAGAGUCAUCUAAAGAUCGCGUGAACUGUAGUGUGUGGAAAUGAAGAAAAAAUGUGUAUAGUUACGAUUCUGAUAAAAGUGUAAAAUUCAAUGAAUUGUAAUUAUAGAAAUGUGAUACAUGAAAAUUAAAAUUCUAAAUAUUAA